AUGGGUGACUACGACAACGAAGGAAUUGUAGUAGCAGGUGGAAAUGAUGAAGGAGAUGAACUCAAUCAACUCAAUCAUUCUAAUUUUAUUUUUGUUGAUGAAGAUCAAUCUAUUUAUGUAUCGGAUACAGGUAAUCAUCGUGUGAUGAAAUGGAGUAAAGGUGCAAAAGAAGGAAGAAUUAUGGCUGGAGGAAAUGGUGAAGGAGGAAAUCUCAAUCAAUUGUCUUAUCCUCGUGGAGUCAUUGUCGAUCAUUUGGGUCAAAUCUAUGUGGCAGAUUUUGGGAAUGAUCGAGUUAUGCGUUGGUGCGAAGGAAACGAUGAAGGUGAAAUUGUUGUUGGUGGAAAUGGAAAAGAAGAUCACUCGAAUUAUCCUCGUGGUUUGUCUUUUGAUGAUGAAGGCAAUCUUUAUGUUGUCGAUUCUCUUAAUCAUCGAAUUGCAAAAUUUGAAAUAAUUUUGUGA